UGAACAGACAAUGACCAAAGUACAUGGUAUUGAAAGAUCUAGGAGUGAUUAAAAAAGUGAAAAAUUGCCAAAGGCAAGCAAUUUGACCGAAACUAUGGUUGAAUAGAUAAGGUGUAUGGCCUAAGAGGUAGAUGUUAUCUAGAAGGUAAAAUCGCCUGUAGUGUGAAUUUCGCCGAGUUACAGCUGAUACAAGGCACGAACAAGUCAAUUCAGAUCAUGUCAAUAGAAAUUAUUUCAUCUACAAUUGGGUUUUACUUGGCAAACGCGAGACUCAGGAUUGAAUAGCAAUUGAUUAACCGAUUACCCUAGUUCCGUUAGCUCGCGGUUUUCCGACUGAUCUAAACAAACAGUACCCAGCAGGCAUUUCCGAAGAUCGCCCACAUAAGUCACUACACAGGUAGCUAUAGUCAUUUAACUUGAAGAUACACAAUGUCAAAGGCGACAACUCAAAGUCAAACUGGACUACUCAAUAAACCAAAAGAUACUAUGAAGAUUUAUAACGAUUUUGACUCGAAGUACACAAAAUGCAACUAUCUUAACGGCGGCACUUACGGUAAAGUAUACAAAUGCUGUAAAAAAGGCGAGGACAAAACGGAAUACGCCGUUAAAAUACAAGAAGCCUCCUUCGACGAUAACUCGUACGUUCGUACGUUAACCGAAGCAAAAAUUUGGAACACUUUGGAACAUAAAAAUAUCGUGAAACUCUACGAAUGCUUCUUACAGGCUGACCAAUUUUAUUUCGUAAUGGAAUUAGUGCCGGGCGAUAAUCUAUUUGAUGAAAUAUUAAGGAAAUCCACACACACGGAAUCAAACACUUGCCUAUACAUAAAACAGAUCCUAAGCGCCCUUGCCUAUCUACAUGUGAAUAAAAUUAUUCAUCGCGAUGUAAAACCGGAUAACAUUAUGUUGUAUCAGGACACACAGAAAGGAUCGAGUAGCGUCGUGAAGUUGGUUGAUUUCGGUCUAGCACGAAGGCUUGACAACGGGAAAAAUCGCAUGGAGUGUGCACCCAGCGGUGCGCCAUUGUAUUUAGCGCCCGAGACGAUUAUGGAGGUGGCGCUUGGGAGCCCUGUGGAUGUUUGGUCGUGUGGGGUCAUAAUGUAUAUCCUACUCUACGGAUCACCCCCAUUUUGGUCAGAAGAUACCAAUAAACUUUUCUUAGCGAUCAUAGGCUCUGACGUAGAUUUCACAUGCACUGACGAAAGGGAACCAGUGUCGUUCUUAGCAAAUGAUCUUGUUCAAGAAAUGCUUGUCAAAGAUCAAAAUGACCGUAUCACAGCAAGCGAGGCUCUGGAACACCCUUGGAUUUCCCAACCACGGGGACUUAAACUCUCGCGUGAACAUAGACGAAGCACGGUGGAACGCUUAUCCAAGUUUCGUAGGUCGACUUCGGUUUUUGAACUGCAACAGCGGUUUAAUGGUAUGAAAAUGGAGGGCAGUUUAACUGGUGAUAGAGCACGGAAUGGACGAUAUUUAGAUGUGCCAGUUAGCUAGGAUGUUUCAAUAACAAUGACAUUAAGAUGGUAUAUGAUGACGAUAUUAAGUUAAAUGUACCAGUAUUCAUUGUAAUAAAAUUGUGUUCAUACAGUAAGUCAGGGUUCGUAAUCUCCAUUCUCCACGACCAAAAAUAUUCA